GGGAGACCUCGUGAAGUUCGAUACGGCCUUGUUUCCGAAGGAAAUCCCUUUACUUCUUUUUUUGAUAUAAACGAUACAAGUGCUGAAGACACCAACACAACUCGAAUUACGUAUACACUCACUCAUCAAAAAGGAUGGACAAGGAGAAAGCAGACUCGGUUGGUUCGACACUUUCGCCAUCCCCAUUCGCACGUGAACAUUCGUCAUAGACACUUCGUACGUCAAUUUUGUUUUCUUUCUACACCCAACCCGCGCGCUACAAUUAACUACAUACACAAAAUCGGAUCUAUCCUGCAUGCGGCUUAUAACCAUUAAUUCGACCGGGAUCCUACACAUCGUCUAAUUUUCAUCGGGAUACGCUUCAUUUAUUCGAUCGUAUCUUGGCAUGUAGCGAAUGCCUUUAUAUACUUAUUAUAGAUUUUUAUUAUUAUUGUGUGAAGUGUCAACAUUAACCCCCUUUAAUAAAUUAAGCUAUAUUAAAAAAAUAUAAGAGUAACUCUUUUCUUGCCCCAUUUGUUCAGUUACCAUAUUUCCUGAUUUGUCAGGGAAUUCCCUGACUUAGACGUUUGUCACUGAUUCCCAGAUUUUCGUGAAAAUGCCAUUAUUUUUUGGACAUAAGGGCAUUUACUCGCACAUGAAUCAUAUCAUUCAUGGUUGCGUUCCAAAACUCGACCGAGUUUAACUCAUGCAGGUUUUUUUCGGUGUAAAAUUCCUGGUGGUCGAGAAGAUUUAAGUUUAAAUAACGACUGACUUUAUUUAAUAUUUAUAAACAUGUCUUUACAGUUUAUAAAAGGAUAUAACAAAAGAGAAUAUAGAAAAGGAAUGCAGGUUCCAAGAGGUACAUAGUUGUAAUUUAAAUACAUAUUCACUUAAUACUUUUUACUACGAACUACUUCGCCUCCACAACAACUCUCGAUGUACAGAGUCUAUUCUUCCUCUUUUUGAUUCAAACUUGAUAAACAAUUAAUAUGUUUCAGUUUCGUAAGGCCCUUAGUUAAUAUGUACGUUGGCACUUCCUGAGUUGACAUAUACUCUAGUGUAAUGGGAUUAUCUCGCAAGGACUUUCAAAUAAAAUAAUUUCGUACAUUAAUUUGUUUCGACCGAGUGCGGAAAUUCGAAGACACUGCUAAUUUUUGUGCACUCUGGUACUGCUGAAAGUAAAUCCUGUUAUACUAUGCCCUUGACGUAUCGUAAAACUUUUUUUUCGCUGACUUCCAAUGCUGUUCAGUGUAGUUGCUGUUAAAUUGAUAAAAUUUACGGGAUACGCUAUAUCUGGUCUUGUAGAUACGGCUAAGUACAUCAAAGUGCCGAUUAAGCCUUGGUAUCAAUAUUUCGCCAUAAUCGCCUUAUUUUUUGUCGAAGUUUGCAAUUCAGUUCUAUUGGCGUUUCGAUUGCACUCUAACAUUCUGAAUUACUUCACUAUUGAUUCCGCUUAUGUAAUCUGCGAUAUAAAUAUUUCGCUUUUCUCUCGAUUCUGAUGAAAAUCUAUACCCAUACAACGAUUAACGUAACCAAGAACUUAUUACCAAUUACUUAACGAUUCAAAGGCUUUUCAACUAUUUUACAAGUUUUGUUUCUCAUAUACGCCAAAAAUUCGUUAUCAAAUAUAUAAGGCACCGUUUAUGACCGAGCUGAUUCGCGUCGCGCGAUGCGAUGAAAAUCGCUACUAGCGAUCAAAUACAUAAAUCCAUACGGAGGUGUUUAUCGUGCAGCGAUUUAGCGAAAAGCGGUUUCAGCGAAAAUGGAGCGACUGCUAGCGACGAAAAUCAGCGAUCAAAAUUUUUGAUUCAGUUGAGCGAAUCGCGUUAAACACGAUGGACAAAUUUAUUGAAAAAGUGCGAAAUAAAGAAUGUUUGUGGAAUCUGCAUCAUCCAGAUUAUCAUUAUAGAAACGAAAUCAGAAAAGCUUGGGAAGAAGUAGAAAAAGAAUGCGGUUUGGAAGGCGAAAUAUUUUUGAUGCGGCCACUGGAGGAAAUCGCAGCUAUCACUCACGUUGGAGAUCCUGUUUUACUCACCGUGAUUGCUGAAGAAGUUAAAGUUGGACGUGAUGAGCCCCCCGCUAUGGCUUCAACAGUACAAUUGGCUUUGUUUUUACCAGAACGGACAAAUUCUGCACCUUAUUUCGAGAAUGAUCACUACGUUUCAAGAAUUGAUGAAAAUGCCCCGCAAGGUACUGCCCUUUCAUUUGCCGACCCAUAUGUUUCACGUGUUUAUGACGAUGAUAUCGGUAAAAAUGGAGUGUUUUCAUUGACUUUACUCAAUAAUAACGGAACAUUUGAAAUUUCCCCGAAUGUUGCUGAACGGAGCACUUCAUUUCUCAUACGCGUACGAGAUAAUAUUCUCUUAGACUAUGAAGAACGUCAUUCUGUGCAAUUUCAAAUAUUAGCCCAAGAAUUAGGACCAUCUACAAAUCUUUCAACUACUGUCAACGUCAAUGUAUAUAUAAAGGAUGUUAACGAUAACCCACCCAUAUUUGACCAAYCUAUGUACACUGUUGAGCUGCCAGAAAAUAUGACUGCCGGAACAAAAGUUAUCCAAGUUAAAGCCACCGAUAUAGACACGGCUGAUUUAAGUGGACGUGUACGAUACACAGCUAUUUUGGGCUAUUUAAACACGUCAUUAAAUUUAAACGCGGACUCAGGACUUAUUACAGUUUCCACUAAUAAACACGGGUUUGAUCGUGAAGUAAUGCCCGAAUAUCAUUUAUACGUAGAAGCACGAGACAAUGAUGGUACAGGUAAUCGUGCCCAAGUGCCAUUGAUUAUAAGAAUAAUAGAUAUCAAUGAUGAAACUCCAAUUUUCGAAAAAGAGUUUUACGAAUUUAUACUCUCUCCAGACUUGAAAUCCUUCACCUCUGUAGCCAUUAUUCACGCCAUAGAUAAGGAUGCAACACCACCUAACAACGAAGUGCGAUAUGAAAUAGUUAAUGGAAACUACGAAAAUCAAUUCACUUUGGACAAAUUAACUGGCGAGCUAACUGUGCGAGAGAGAAUUACAUUUCCAAUCAGAGCACGAAGAAAGCGCCAAAUAUUAUCUCACAUUGAUCAAGAUAUGUUGUUUCUAACAGCGCGAGCAUAUGAUUUAGGAGUACCUGUACGUUUUAGCAUCACAAACAUUCGUAUAUAUCCACCAGAAAGUCGGACACGAACUGUAACUUUUGUAGUUCCAGAUGAAAGUCCUAAUAAAGUUAAAACAGAAGAAACACUUUCUACCAUAACAGGAGGAAAAGUAAUAAUACAUGAUAUUAGACCUUUACAACCAGACGAACCCGGUGCCAAAACAAUUACCGGGGACAACACGGAUACGAUAAGAAGAAGUGUCGUAACAGCCACCGUUCUUUAUGAUAGUAAUUCGGUCGUAGAUAUAUCACAGAUACAGCAACGCUUAUCGCAACACAACAGUUCAUAUGCGUUAAUGAAUGAUAGUGACCCAGUAGCGACAGACGUUAUUACACCUUUACAGACUCUAUACAAAGCCGAAAAUAAAUUGCUGUUCUGGCUGCUUAUAUUUUUAGCAACUUUAGUCGCGUUAACAAUUCUCAUAAUUUUGCUAUGUUGCAUUUGUUCGUGGUGCCCAUUAUAUGGAGCUGCAAGCAAGAGAAUAGUUAAUAUCAUUAAAACUGAAGACGAUGUUCACCUAGUGCAUAGGGAAAUGGCAAAUGGAAAACAAGCAAAAUCUGUCCAGGUCGCUGAAUGGAUGGGACGACGAGAGGCCUGGUCCGCCGAGAAACCAAUGGAUUCACGAACGAGACCAACACGCUGGGAGUUCCACAAUGGACGCGACCACUUUCACGAAAACGACGUUCAGGCAGCGUUGAACAAUGAGGGAAAUCGCCGUAAGCGUUCAGCAGAAGAGCAACGAAGGAACAACCGCACAGAAAAAGAUGAUGUAUUUUACAAUUCUAGAACCAACUUAAUAAAUAAUAAAGACGUUUAUAUAGAAGAUAUAGGAGAUGAGCGGCAACUAACAAUAACAGAACAAGAUCACUUUCAGCGAAGCAAAGAAGUACAAAAAGGAUCAAAACAUCGCCAAGGAAUUGACAACGAAAUCAAACAAGUUGAUGAAGAUUGUGUACGUCGCCAUGAAAUUGCACGCGGCAGUGAUAUCGAAUAUAACACAGCUCGAAGCAGUUUAAGAAAUAAACGGGAAUUUUUCAUCAAAGAUGGAAAUAUUGAAAUACUGCAACUUAUGACUAGAGACAGAACUGAUGAGGAUGUUGCAGCAAUGGAUGAUGAAAAUAACAUUUAUGUAAAUUUGCCAAUGAAAUCAACGACUGUCUCUAAGCCGCAAUUGGUAAUGUUGGAUAAUAGUGGAAAAGAAAUUCUAAUGCGCCGUUUUAUUGAGGAACAGUCUGAUGGUAAACAGAUAAUACGUGAGCAUUACCAAAUAGUUCCUGGUGCCACUUACAUACAGUCUAUGCCAAAUGAAAUUGACCACAACCACUCCAUUUUGAAAGGAGAAACAUUCGCUACUUGCAAAUCGGGUCCGAAUAGUAUAGUUUAUUCACAAACCGAGCCUGAAGUAAAGGUAAUACAUACACAGCCUACGCAAGGUGGGAUGCAGCUGCAAACUGAGGGUUUCAUAAGUCGCAUCCAACCAUCUAUAUCAAAUCAAUCAUUAACACAAGAGCUUGAAUAUUCUUUAAAGCAACAAAAUAUACUACUGCGUCAAAUACUAAUGGAGAAGGAAAAAAUAGAAGCCAACGGUGCACAGCCAGAAGUUGUAUUAGAAACACAAAGCCUUCCAGGUCACCCUGUGGCGAUUGCAACACAAACGGAAUGUGAGGUGUGUACACAGACAGACAAUAAUAUUGUGUUUCCUGAAAAAACUUCUGUAUAUGUGCAAGGAAGGCCAACACGACCCAAAGCUCGCAGCGAAAAUGACGAUUCCUUGACCGAAGAUGAAUAUGAGUAUGUACAAUUUAGUCCUCCAGAAAGUACAGUAGGUCGAUUCUGGAUAAAACGUAAAAAACAAAAAAGGCGUAGUAAAUACCGCAAUAGUAUACAUCCAAGAAAGAAAAUUGUUAUGGUAGAGGAAGUUAAAAGAAAAAUACGUACACCCAUUAAGGAGGAAGAUGAUGAGGUAUUCGAGUCGAAUAAACGUUUUCCUCCCAAAAAACCCCUACGUAAACAUGCUGAAACAAAAACCAGUGUUCUUAGAGGUAAGAACUAUAUAGAGAAGCAGAAAAAUUGUAAUCCAAUACAUCGAAAAAGUCCCGCAGUUAGUCCCGAAACUUUAAUAAUGGCUGACUCCUUAGGCGAUAGAAGUAGAACUCCAGAUCAUUAUCGAACAAUUAGAGUUGACGAAUUCGAAUACUAUUCAACAGAUAACAACGAAGUCGAUAACUGCGACUAUAAUAAUGAAAAUGAUUAUUCCAAUGAUUCUGAAGCUGAGGAAAUUAUUGUUAAAAGAAAUAUAUUAACACCCCAUCAUUUGGAACAAAAACAUUCUGAUAUAGAUAUUAAUGAUAAAACUUUCUGUAAAAUACACUUAAAAGACGAGCGAUCUACUCAUAAAAUGCCGGAUACCAACGUCAGAGAGUCACGUAGGCCAACGUUAAAAGGAAGGCAUCGGUCGCAAAGUUCAUCGGGAAUUCCACACCGUCGAAUGGAUAAUAUGAAACAUAUGUCUUUAUUGGCUAAAACAAAUCAUGCAGCUAAAGAGCGUCUUUAUCAAAGUGCAACCAAUUUGAAUCAUCAGAAUAAUCAAUAUGAUGACGGUCAAAUUACUGAUAAAUCUGUUCCAAAAUACAUGGAGUGGUAUUAUGGCAAAUCAAAAAGUUUAAAUAGCAAGCCUGAGUCCGAUACAGGUUCAAAAAGAAAAAGAAGUUUAACGAAAACCCGUUUAAGUUCAAAUGCCGAUUCUAUUCCUUCUGAAGAUGGAAAAAGUAGACCCGAACCUGCACCAAGAAAAUCCCCUCAAAAAAAUACCAGACUCUUGAAAGAAGAUAUUGUAAUGAAUAAACAGCAUAAUCCUAAAAUUGAGGCUGAUUCUAGCCAUCCACUUUUACAACAUUCAGAGCAUAGAUUUGAACGCGAAAACGCUCCGGAGGUUCCUUUACCACCAACAAAAUUACCACAUUACAUGUAUCCCGAGACUCCGCCAUUUGUUGUUUCUAAGAUGGCGAAAGCAAAACCUAAACCGUCGCCUAUUAAGGAGAAUGAAAUCAAAGUUACAACAUCGAAAAUUAACCCAAAUCCAAAUUCUGUCAACUCGAAUCCAAAAAUUAGUACGCACCAACUCUGUCAAAAACAACUUAAUGUAUCUACAUUAGAAGAUGAUCACGAUUCCGGAAUUGCAAUGAAUUCGUUGCUAAAUAAUACGGGUCGGAGAAAUCCCAUCGCAGAUAAAAAAAGUGUAUUUUCAAUUGCAUACGAUGAUGUUAGCCAAGUGAAGAAAAUUACAUCUGGAGGAGAAUCACCACAAUAUUCAUAGAAAUCUCGGAUAACCUCAAAAAUGGUACACAAGUAUUUAUAUAGGAAAAUUAAAAUAAACUCGGUACUACUAUAUGUGAUACUCUCCGUUCUUCAUUUUACGUAUGCCAUAUUUGAAAUUCAAUGUUGUAAUCAUUUAUGAUUUAAGUUGUUAAUGUAUGAUGUUGAAAUUUUGAAAGCAAAAAUUGAUUUUUCUUUAUUUCUCACUUUUUUUUGAUAUUCAACUCUUUACGUUCCUAUGGUCAAUGAAAAUGGUGACAAACUCCAAAUUAAUUAUUAAAAUAAAUACGCAAUUGCAUAAUUUGAUUACUGUGUAUACUUAUAAUGUUAAAUUUAGCACUUGUAUAUGUAUAUACCAUAUAUAAAAUAUUUUUAAAGAAAAUAGAUUACAAAUAUGUGCAUUUGCAUUUGUGUUCUCGAUAUUUAUUGUAAAUAGUAAAAACCGCAAUAUGAUUCUUACAAAAAACUCUAUUUAUUUAUAGAUUCAUAAAACGAAAGUUUAACUUUUAUAAAUUAUUGGAAAUGAUAUUUAGAAGACAAUAUAUUAUUGUAAAUUAACAUUUUGUACUAUUUACAAACAAAUAUACUAUAUAUAGGUAGUGCAUUUAGAGAUAAAUAUGUGUGUGCACCCUAUUAUGGGAGUAUACUACAUAAGUAUGUUUGAUUUAUGACUAAUAAAAUGGAUCAAUCCGAGAACACGUUAUAAACGCAUUUACAUGUUACUUAUAUAAUCAGUAUUUACGGAAAUCAGUUGUAUACUUUGAAGUAAAAAAUUAAUAAAUUGUAAGAUUAAGUUAAGAAAUAUAUAUAUACAUUAUCGAUACAAGAUAAAUAUGUGUGUAUAUACACAAAUAAUACGUAAAAGCUUGUACACUAGUUCUAAGCUCUUAAUAUCAGUUAUUCUUUCAAGAAUAUAUAAACACUUUUUUUUUAUUUUCUCAUAUUUACACUUUCAUCGUUUUUUCGUUCGUAAAUGUAUCUUUCAUAAAAAACAUAUUGUAAGUCUCUUUGAAGGUUCGUGCGGUUGUAUAUUCACAUAUAUGGUCACAAGUUAUCGAAUUUGAAAAAGAAGACACCGCCAAUAUUCAAAAAUUGUUUUAUACGUAUCCCCCAUGUUGAAAUGUCUACAAUUUUAACGAGAUGUGUUGGAUAUAAUUUCAUUCAUUAUUAUUUUAAUCAAAUAAAAACUAUUUUAGAUAUAAUCUAUGAAUAAUUUACAUAUUCAGUGCACAUAUAUCCAAUUAAAAGUUAAAUGAUAAUUGUCCAUUACCAACGAUCUGAUAGAAAGAUACUCCUUAAUAUUUAUAGUAUUGAAAAGUACAACGUUCUUUGUAUAAUAUAUAAUUCCUGCCAUACCAUCUUGUCAGACGUAUUAACACAAAAAUAAAAAGAUUAUAAAUAUCAUCAUCAA